AUGGACUUUUUCCUCUGCGUCUGCGAGACCUCUAGAGUCGGGUCCUCAGGCACGACGAAGGUACACAUCCGCCAGUUCCAGCAGCUUUACACCUGCGUCACCGGCCGUUUUAUGGAUAGUGACGAUGCCAGAGAGGUUUACAAGUACCACGACAACGUGUUGGUCCCUCAGCUUGGCCUCUGGCCACCUAACACCGACGGCAAGCCGGUUGUCGGCAUCGACGAGCUGCGAGUCAUCCUUACCUUCAACCUAGCAUAUGACACCAGCAUCUUCUCUACCGGGCUGCAACGCGUCUGGUUGCACGGCUAUUACGUAAUCCUGUCUUAUACCGGAGUGCGACCUGCCGAGCUUGUGGAUGGCGGGAGGAAGAGGCCGAAGGAUGGCUCUUUGGACGAGCUAUUCGGCCAGAAGGUCGUCAUCGGGCCGGCCAACGGCGACGACGGCAGCAAUACGGAUAAGGCCGACGUGGCCGACGAUGAGGAGGCAACCGAUGACGAUCCCAAGCGGCUUAACGAGCUGCUCUCGCGGGAGACCACAGGACGCGGCCGCCCAAAAGCCCUCUGCUACGAAAAUAUUCUCAUGAUGAUUGUCUGCCACCCCGUGACGGGUAAAGCCAUCCCAACAAUGGCCAUCAAGUUUAUUCAUCUCAAGGGAGCAGACGAAAAAUCAAAACCGGCCGUCUUCUAUUUUAGCCCAACUAAGAAGCUCAUCCUCUGUGCCAUCACCGUUAUGAUGGCCCACGCACUACGCGACCACGCCUUCGAUGCGCCGAGCCUGACCAACGCCGCCCGUGUACUUAGGGCUGGGCCUGCUUUUACCAAAUGCACCCCGCUGCGUCGGGAGGGGUCCAUGCUCAAGACCCCGGUCUUCCGCCGUUUCGGUUUCGACGGAGUGCUUUCGGAAACAGAAGCCAUGCUCUACAACAGGUUAAGAUCCUCACGGAAAUAA